CACGCCCAUGGAUGGCUCAGGAUCUCGCGCAGGCGCUGACGCCGCUUCUGUCAAACAUGGCUGUGCCUUGGAAGGAGGAAAAAUGCUGAAUUGUGUUGGUAUAUUCCGAGAAAAGCAGCAGAAAUGGCUAGAUUGGCUGACUAUUUCAUUGUGGUGGGAUACGAUCAGGAGAAAGCCGGUUCAGGAGAAGGAUGUGGAAAGAUUAUUCAAAGAUUCCCCAAGAAGGACUGGGAGGGAACAGCCUUUCCUCAGGGUGUGGAGAUGUUCUGCCAGCCUGGAGGUUGGAGGUUGUCCAGAGAAAGGAAAGCUCCCACCUUCUUCACAGCUGUGCUGACGGACAUUGACUCAGAUCGACACUUUUGCUCCUGUCUCACAUUCUAUGAGGCUGAGGUCAACCUACAGGGAUCAAAAAGUAUUGAGGCUGAUGGGGAUGAAGACGAGGAGGCAGAGGAGGACGGCCUGAUCCAACCAGCUCAAGUGUUUGCACCAAAAAGUCUCAUUCUCGUGUCUAGGCUGGAUUAUCCUGAAAUAUUUCGGGGCUGCUUGGGUUUGAUCUACACAGUGUACAUCGACAGUCUGAAUUUCCCUUUAGAUGGUCUGGUGGCGAACCUCUUCACAUUCCAGGUUCCUGUGGCCGGUGGAUCCCAGAAGCUGUUUAGCCUGGGAGCAGGAGACAGACAGCUCAUCCAGACGCCUCUGAACGACACGUUGCCCGUCACAGGCAAAAGUGUUGCUCUGCUCUUCCAGCAGCUGGGAAUCCAAAAUGUUCUAAGUCUGUUUUGUGCGGUUCUGACGGAACACAAGGUUUUGUUUCACUCCACCAGUUAUCAGAGGUUGGGGGAGGCGUGUCGAGCCCUGGGAGCCCUCAUGUUUCCUCUCAAAUACAGUUACCCAUACAUCCCUAUUCUACCUUCCCGGCUGCUCGAAGUGCUCAGUUCACCUACUCCCUUCAUCAUCGGAGUGCACUCCAUGUUUCAGAGUGAGAUCCAAGAUCUGUUAGAUGUCAUUAUUGCCGACCUCGAUGGAGGAACGAUCAAGAUUCCAGAGUGCAUCCACUUGUCUCUGCUCCCUGAACCUCUGCUCCACCAAACACAGACGUCCCUGUCCUUGGUUCUGCACCCAGAUCUGGAGAUAGCAGACAAUGCGUUUCCUCCUCCUCGUACGGCCGCCUCCAACCUCAAGUUGUUGGACAAGGAGGUGAGGGCCGUCUUUCUCAGGUUGUUUGCACAACUCUUCCAAGGCUACAGGUCCUGCCUGCAGCUCAUCCGUAUCCACUCUGAACCUGUUAUUCAUUUUCACAAGACUGCCUUCCUGGGUCAGAGAGGCCUCAUAGAGAAUGAUUUUCUGACAAAGGUUUUAGAUGGCAUGGCCUUUGCCGGCUUUGUCUCAGAGAGGGGUCCACCGUACAGAGCCUGUGAUCUGUUUGAUGAGUUGGUAGCCUUAGACGCUGACUGCUUUAAGGUAGAGGAAGUCAACCCCACCAAAUUGCAGAAGCACAUCAGGGAAAUCUCUGAACAGCUGUUCAAAAAUGAGAAUCCCAAUCCUCACAUGGCGUUCCAAAAAGUGCCUCGGCCGUCAGAGGGAUCCCACCUGCGUGUGCACCAGAUACCGUUUCCUCUGCUGGAUGAUGUGAAGAUCGAAAAGGUGCUGCACGAGGGUGUGGCCAAAUACAGCAGCGCACCUCUUACCGUGCGACCGGAGAAGAAAUGUGUUGUACCUGCAGGGCCCCCUGUUGUGUCCAUUAUGGGUAAGAGUGCUUCCGUGUUUAACAGCGCUCGAAGACUGGAGGUCGUGCGGAGCUGCAUCUCAUUUAUCUUUGACAACAAGACCCUGGAGACGGAGAAGACUCUACCAGCCGCACUGCGGGCCCUGAAGGGAAAGGCCGCUCGCCAAUGUCUGACAGAGGAACUGAGUCGACACGUGCAGCAGAACCGCGCCAUCCUGGAUCAUCAGCAGUUUGACUACAUUGUCCGUAUGAUGAACUGUGCUCUGCAGGACUGCUCCAGUUCAGAGGAGUACACCAUAGCUGCUGCGCUGCUGCCCCUGUCGACAGCAUUCUACAGGAAACUGGCUCCGGGUGUAAACCAGUUUGCCUACUCCUGCAUCCAGGAUCAUACUAUCUGGACCAACCAGCAGUUCUGGGAAGCCACCUUUUACAGUGAGGUCCAGGGCCAGAUCCGAGCUCUUUAUCUCAGCACAACGGAGGAAAAAUCAGUCAUCACUGCCAGGCUGAAGGAUGCAGCCACCGGGCCCACAGAGGACAGAGAUGAGGAGCAGACGGCCAUGGACCUGGCAGCAGAGCAGCUACGGUCGUGGCCGUGUUUGAGCAAAGAAAAGCAGCAUGAGCUGGUGAAGAACGAGGAGAGCACCGUAUUCAGCCAGGCCAUACACUAUGCCAGCCUCAUGGUUUACCUGCUGGUGCCUUUGGACACCAGUAAGAAUAAGCUGCUGCGGAACGCACCUGCUGCUGACUGGGAGAGUGGCAGCAACAGCAUUGUUACAAACAGCAUUGCCGGCAGUGUGGCUGAGAGCUUCGACACAGAGAGCGGGUUCGAGGACUCGGAGACCAGUGACGUGGCCAACUUCGUGGUCAGGUUUGUUGCGCGCUUUAUUGACAAGGUGUGCACAGAGAGCGGAGUUACCCAGGAGCAUAUCAAGAGCCUGCACAGCAUGAUCCCAGGUAUCGUAGCGAUGCAGAUGGAGGCUCUGGAGGCCGUGCACAGAGAAAGCAGGAGGUUGCCCCCCAUCCAGAAGCCUAAGAUUCUGCGCCCAACUCUCUUCCCCGGAGAGGAGUUGGUGUUGGAAGGGUUGCGGGUUGUUCUGGACCCCGAUGGCAGGGAGGAGGCCACUGCGGGCCUUUUGGGGGGGCCUCACAUUCUGCCAGCAGAGGGAGCUCUUUUUCUCACUACAUAUCGCAUCGUCUUUAAAGGCAUUCCUCAUGAUCCACUGGUGGGAGAGCAGGCCGUCAUCAGAGCUUUCCCUGUGUCCACACUGACCAAAGAGAAGAAGAUCGGUGUCUUAAACCAGCUGCAUCCGUUCAUCCAGGACGGCCUGCAGCUCCGAUCUGCCUCCUUUCAGUUAAUAAAAGUGGCGUUUGAUGAAGAGGUCAGCUCAGAGAUGGUGGAGAUCUUCAGGAAGCACCUUCAGAGGAUUCGUUACCCUCAGUCCAUCUUCAGCUUCUUUGCAUUUGCAGCAGGUCAAACAGUGCCGCAGCUAAUCCUGCCAAAGCAGAAAGAAAGGAACACAGGCUUAAGAACAUUGUCCAAAACUCUUGUCAAGAGUGCAAAAAGGGCAGGAAAAAUCACCAUGGGUCGUGGUGGCCAAAACACACUGAAGAAGAACGAGAGAGGCAGCAGAAUGACCUGGCACGAAGAUGAUGAUAUUUCAAUUUCAGACGAUGGAGAGCCGCCACCGAGCAGCACUUUGCGAGCGUCAGAAAAGUCCACAAUGGAACAGCUGGUGGAACAGUCUUGUUUCCGUGACUAUCAGCGUCUGGGUCUGGGCACCAUCACUGCCAGCUCUUCUCGCUCCAAAUCAGGCGAACACUUCAAGAUCACAGCGGUGAACAGGCUGUACUCGCUCUGCCGCAGUUACCCAGGGCUGCUGGUAGUUCCUCAGGCAGUGCAGGACAGCAGUUUACACAAAGUCGCUCGCUGCUACCGACACAAUCGCCUGCCUGUCGUGUGUUGGAAGCAUCCUCGCACCAAGGCUGUCCUUAUGCGGUCAGGAGGCUUCCACGGCAAGAGUGUGGUGGGGUUGUUUAAGUCUCAGAACACGUCAUCCACAGAAUCAUCAGAUUCGUCCAGUAGCCUGGAACAAGAGAAGUACUUGCGGGCCAUCCUAAACUCUAUUCCUGUCUACUUCAAAAUGAAUGGAAACAACACUCUGUCCAACCGCUCACUUAUCGGCCUCUCGCCAGGUAGUGAAAGGAAGACGUCCAGGAUAGCAAAGAUGGCUCCUGUCCAUAUAGACUUCCCGUUCUCCAACAGCUUUACCAGAGGAGUUCUUGAGUACAGAGAUAAACUAUUCACAAUAUCCAACCCAAACGUACCCCAUAAGGACAGAACCCAUCAACAAGGUGUGUGGGCCAGCCUGCGCUCCAGCAGCAGGCUCAGUCAGCACCCGCUGGCUGCAGACGUUGGCUCCAGGCUAGCAGAGAAAGAUCUGGCACCCCCUGCAGGAAGCAGCGGUCUGCAGGCUCAGCUUCUCAAACACCAAGCAGCUCUGUACAUCUUGGGUGAAAAGUCACAUCUCAGGGGUCUAAGAGUGGACUCCUCUCUCAACUGUGAACUGGUGCCAGUAGAGUUUGCUGACACACGGCAGGUGAAAGCCUCCUUCAAGAAGCUGCUGAGGGCCUGUGCUCCCAGUUCCAUGUGUUCCGAAUUUGCCAAUUCCUUCCUCAAAGCCUUGGAGGAUUCUGAAUGGAUGCAGCAGAUUCACAAGAUCCUGCAGCUGGCACUGUUUCUGGUGGAGCUUCUGGACACCGGCUCAUCUGUUCUCCUCAGCCUGGAGGACGGCUGGGACAUCACCACACAAGUGGUGUCUCUGGUGCAACUACUGAGCGACCCCUUCUAUCGCACCCUGGAGGGUUUUCAGGUGCUGCUGGAGAAGGAGUGGUUGUCCUUCGGCCACAAGUUCAGCCAGAGAAGCAACCUGAGUCCCAACAGUCAGGGCAGCGGCUUCACGCCCGUCUUCCUGCAGUUCCUGGACUGUGUGCACCAGGUUUUGGAACAGUAUCCCCUGGAGUUCGAGUAUAAUCAGUAUUAUCUCAAGUUCUUGGCCUAUCAUCACAUUUCCAACCGCUUCAAGAACUUCCUGCUGGACUCGGACUAUGAGCGAUUCGAACAUGGUUUGCUGUUUGAAGACAGAGGUGACAAACAGGCUCGCAGAGGCAUCUGUAUCUGGGAGUGUAUUAACAGGAUGCACAAGAGGAGUCCCAUCUUCUUCAACUAUCUCUACAACCCCUCAGAGAGUGAGGUGAUCCUGAAGCCUUCCAUUGCCAUCCCCAAACUGAGGAAGUGGGACUUUUUCACAGACGAGACCUUGUCCUCAGGGGCAUGUUAUGACUGGCGGAUGAUGGCUAUGAGGUCAGACAGCUCAGAGGAGGAGGACAACCUCUCCAACAGUAAGAGGAGGAUUGUUUGGCCCUGUUACAGCAGCGUUAGCCGGGCCCAGCCGGACUCCAUCACCAAACUCCUGGCUGACAUCGAGAGGCUGGAGAACGCACUGAACCAGGCCCCUGAGAAAUGGCAGACAGUCCUGGAGAGAGUCCGUCUCAGUAUUCAGGAAGACCUUCGACAAGAGGGAAAUCUGUGUAAACAGUCCAUGUCCAUCUCAAGUCUCCUCCCCACAUCCAGCCUGCAGACAUUUCAGUGUCAGUCUAUGCUGCACCUGCCAGAUCCUGCACUGGUGGAGGAUCGCACUGCCACCACCACCACCAACGGCAUCAACCGCCGCGCCGCCACCCUUUACAACCAGUUCACCCCCAAGACUGAGGAGAACAGGUCUUAUGAGGGAAUACUGUACAAACGAGGAUCACUACUCAAAGGUUGGAAACCUCGCUGGUUUGUACUGGACGUGACCAAACAUCAGAUGAGGUACUACGACACUGGGGAGGACACCAACUGUAGGGGCCACAUUGACCUGGCGGAAGUUGAGUCUGUGGUGAUCGCAGCGCCCACUAUAGGAGCCCCUAAACACAUCAGCGAGAAGGCAUUCUUUGAUCUGAAGACUAGCAAGCGAGUCUACAACUUCUGUGCCUCAGAUGCACCGAGCGCUCAGGUGUGGAUGGACAAGAUCCAGAACUGCAUCUCCGACGCCUGAGCUCUGACAGAGUAUCAGGACGGCUGAGCAGCCGACAGUAAAAGAAAACACUAAGCGCAGCUUCCAGAUUGUCAAACCUGGGGACCACAGUGAAGAACAAAGUGCCUGGCAGCAAAGGAGAAGAGCUAACCAUCCUUGUCUUCCUCCUCCUCCUCCCCCUCUUCCUCACUCCUCUCCUCCAGCAGUGGGGCUGUAGGACAGACAAAAUGAUGUUUCAGGGACUGCACAUUGAAGCAAUGAUCAAAGCAAUAUCACUGACCAUUCAGACUGUGGGUGUAACCUUUUAGACCUUUGGAGAGUAUCGUGUACAUUGAACUUUUUAUCUUUUUAGUAACAGAUUUAUUGCUGCUUGAAAAAACAAUGUAUGAACCACCAAAACUCAGAUUUUAAUGCACAACAUUUAAGAAGCAAAUUGUUUGCACUUAGCUCUGAACGACGCAUGUGUUAGCAAAGAUGCAGAAGAGAAGAGUCUAAAGUCCUUAUUUUACUUGGUUGUUGUGACAUUUCUUCAUGACAGAACAUUUAACAUGGAAUUUGCACAUGAGUUCAGAGAGCAUUACCUGACAUUUGUCAUCUAUUUAAAUACCUGAUGGGUUUUUUUAUGUUUUUUCAAUGUUCAUUGACUUCCUUAUAACAAAUUUGUCUUAUGUGAUGUAAAUUAUUAUUUUUAUUAAACGUGUGUAUCUGAGGCUGCAUGUCCUUCAUUUCUGUAUAUACACAUUUAUUUUUCUGGGCUCUGUGUGUACUGUUACAUGUGUUACACUUUUCUAACCGUCUACAUGUAUCGUGUUCUAAAGUGGUCAUUUUAAAGGGUCGUUACCUGUGCAGAAAAAAAACUGUGUUAUGGGCUUUCUUAAAAGGUAGUAAAUAAAUACUGCAGGAUGUUGUCCUCAGACAUUGUCCUCAGACAUUGUCCUCUUAUCAGUUAAUAUAAAAACAUAAAUUCCACUAAAAAAGGAAAACUAUUUAACAAACUUUUACCUGUUACUGUAUCUUUGUACCAAGUUCUGUGGUGACACUAAUUUUUAUUGCAAAUAAAACAACAUACUUGAA